AUGUCUUUCCAAGACCGAGCUCAACACCAGAUCUCCCAGAUCGAUAAGGAACUAUCCAAGUAUCCUGCGCUUAACAAUUUCGAGAAGCAGACAAAUGUCCCCAAGGUCUACGUCUUCCUCGGCCUGGUCGGCCUCUACUUCUUCCUGAUCUUCUUCAACAUCGGGGGCGAAUUUCUCGUGAAUUUCGCUGGGUUCGUCAUCCCCGGCUAUUACUCAAUGGAGGCUUUGUUCAGCACCAACAAGGUCGAUGAUACACAAUGGUUGACAUACUGGGUUGUUUACGCCUUCCUGAAUGUAUUUGAAAGCCUGGUCAACGCCGUCUACUGGUUCCCCUUCUACUACAUCUUCAAGUUUGUCUUGAUCUUGUGGAUGGCUCUUCCUGUAACCAAUGGAGCCCAAAUUGUCUUCCGAUCCUUCCUGCAGCCAAUCUUCUCCCGCUUCUUCAGCAGCACCGGUAACGCUUCUGCCGAUGUACGAGGCAAAGCGGAUGCUGCUUUGAAAAGCCAGUAA